AUGGGCGCAACCCCAUUCCAUCGUUCCAUCCUCGAGGUCCAGCUGCCAAAGCAUUUUGACAAGCCAACGGACAUGAGGUACGACGGAACACAAGACUCACAGGAACAUCUUAUGGCCUUCGAGGCCAGAAUGAACCUGGAAGGAGUGGGUGACAAGGUAAGGUGUCGCGCUUUUCCGAUCACUCUCGCGGGACCUGCAAUACGGUGGUUUAACAGCCUCCCGCAGGGCUCGGUGGCCAGGUUUUCGGAUAUUAGCCAUGCCUUCCUAGCCCAAUUUACUACCAAAAUCGCAAAGGCAAAGCACCCGAUCAAUCUGCUCAGGGUGACACAAAGGUCCGGCGAGCCGACCAAAAAAUAUAUUGACCGGUUCAACGACGAAUGCUUGGAGAUCGACGGGCUAACCGAUUCAGUAGCUAGUCUGUGUCUGACGAACGGACUUCUAAAUGAGGACUUCAGAAAGCAUCUCACCACGAAGCCGGUGUGGACGAUGCAGGAGAUCCAAAGCGUAGCCAGGGAAUAUAUCAAUGAUGAAGAAGUUAGUCAAGUCGUGGCUGCCAACAAGCGGCAGCCCUCCUACAAUCAACCUAGGCAACACGGCGGCGGAGAUAGACAAAAGGGACACGCCAGAGACGGCGGUCCGGAAGUUUUUCAGCAGAUAGCCGAGAAGGGAAUUUUGUCGAAGCCCCGACCUCUGAAGGACCGAACCGGGGGGAACAAGAGCCUCUAUUGUGAUUAUCAUAAGGGCUAUGGACAUAAGACACAGGACUAUUUCGACCUCAAGGAUGCGUUAGAACAAGCGAUCCAGGACGGAAAACUGGCCGAAUUCUCCCAUCUCAUCAGGGAGCCGAGAAGACGAGAUCGCGACCGCGAGGGAGAGGACAAGACCCGCGCAGUAAAGCGACGUCAUGACCAGGACGACAACGAACAAGGCCUCACCAUAGUGAACGUGGUAACAGCAAGAGACGCGCCUCCAAGGUCAAAGUCGGCACACAAGAAAGAUGCCAAAGUUCUGGCGGUUUCCUCAUCUUCCGCGCAAAGCCCCAAGAGGUCGAGGUCACCACCCAUCUCAUUCGGUCCAGAGGACUAG